AUGGGCUGGAACCGCAAGAUGGCAUACUGCAUCGCCUUCUCGAUUGACGGCGCUACAGACGUCACAAGAAGAUACGUCCGCAACCCAGCAAAGCACGGCAUGUCCCGCACCCGCGCACCCGAGGAGGUCCUGCUCUGGGUCAUCCAUGAAAUCCGUCGUAUGCGCCGGGAGAAUCUUUCAAAAGAGGAACGCCGGCGUUUGAUGAAGGAGGACGAGCGGGAAGAAAGAGAACUGCGUGGCUACAUGGCCCAGGCUAUUGCCAUGGAGAUUAAUAAUCUGUUUCCCAACGGACGCAUUAGCAGCAAUGGCACUGGCGGUGCCACCAAUGGUAACGGUGCGUCGACCGAUGAAACGAAGGUGCCCGUUACGACACAGAACGGAAAUGUGGAAUGGGUAAAUCCCACGCAGGGACAGGCAGGGCAACCAAAUCCAGAUAGAUCAAACCAGGGCCGAUGA